UUUCUUCCCUGCAGCUUGGCGAUUGGUUCAGUGGAAGGUCAUGCUCAGCAGUGCCCUGACCUGUGUCUGAUAUGGGUGGACGCUCACCCAGAUAUCAACACUCCUCUGACUUCACCUUCUGGAAACCUCCAUGGCCAGUCUGUAGCAUUCUUACUCAAGGACCUGCAGAACAAGAUGCCAGAAGUUCCUGGAUUUUCCUGGAUGAAGCCCUUCCUGUCUGCCAGAGAUCUGGUCUACAUCGGCCUCAGAGAUGUGGAUCCAGGCGAGCACAUAAUCCUGAAGACCUUGGGAAUCCAAUAUUUCUCCAUGCGGGAUAUUGACAGAAUGGGCAUUCAGAGGGUAAUGGAGGUCACUUUGGAUCACCUCUUGGCAAGGAAACAAAGGCCAAUCCAUCUCAGCUUUGACAUCGAUGCAUUUGACCCAUCCCUGGCUCCCGCCACUGGAACUCCCGUUAAUGGAGGACUGACCUAUAGAGAGGGCAUCUACGUAACAGAGGAGAUCCAUAACACAGGUUUACUCUCUGUGAUGGAUGUGGUUGAAGUGAACCCCACACUAGGAGCGACACCUGAGGCUGUGGAGGCCACAACUAGCCUAGCCGUUGAUGUCAUCGCAUCUGCUCUCGGUCAGACACGUGAAGGUGCACACAUCGCCUUCCCAAAGAUUCCAGAACCAAAAGAGGACACCGAGCUGCGGCUUUAGAGCACAAGAUAUUCAUGGAGGACUUUGACAAACCAACCACUUUGCAUUCCAAAGUCUAAAAGAACGACACUGAAGGGUUUGCAGAGAUGGAGCACCAGACUAAAGAUAGAAUUUGAAGGUUACUGUAGUCUUGGUCAACAAAAUUGUCACCUCACUGGUGAAGUGCUGCUAUAAGCACAUGGGUGAGAUUUAUUUUAUUAUACCUACCACUAAUUUUGCUUUGGCUAAAAAAGAGCUGAGAUCUGGAUUCUCUAUGUUUGAGGACUAAUAUAGCAGAAACAAAAGUAUUUUUUAACAUUUGUCAGCUGUUAAGGGAUUAGUGGGUAACCCUGAUUAUUCUCUGGGAUUUACUGCGGGAAAAAGUGAACUAAAAGCAAAUGUGCUUAACAUAUUUUUGCAAGCUGAGAUGACUCUUUACUGUGGUGGACUGAUUGAUUUUCCUUUAAUUUUGAACAUGUUUGCACUUUUGGACCAGAACUGUUUUUUAUUGUAUUUCUAUGUUUGUUUGUUUUUGUAUAGUAGGACUGCUUUUAAUGGCUAAUUUAAUCCUACAGUUUUGGUUGGGUUGAAACUGAGUGAUCUUUUUUGAAUAGCGCAUUUAAAGUAAGUUAUUUUAGUAAUUUUCAUAUCUAUUUAAAUAGACCUUUGAAAAAUCAUGUAUGAAUGGAUU